UUCUGGACAUCUGGCGGUGUGUCAGAGCUACUCUUGCUUGUCAUCUGGAGGUUUUUAUACAAAUAUAUUUUCUCCGGAGCAGAACAUGCUGGGCACAUUCACUCCAUUUGGACAUGGCAGCAUUCAUUCUCCAGAGAGCAAUGUUUUCCUAUUGCAAUACAACCAAGUUGGAGGAGUAGUGAAGAAUAAAGAGGGAGAAACAAUAAAGGAAUGGGACUGGCCCAAAAAAGGCAAACUGUCUGAUCCCUUUACAGUGCAGGUUAAUGAACAUGUCUAUGUUAGGAUUGCCGGCCAGUAUGCUAUUAGCUUGAUCUUCAGAUGGCAGCAUGAGACUGUGCGUUUAUCUCUCUCACCAGUCCUGGAUGUUCCUCCUCCACAGACUGAAGAUUUGGGCCAGCUUAUGACAAAUGAGAAUUUUUCUUCAAAAACUGCAAGAGAAAUGGUCAAAGCAAACAAGAAGAAAGCAAAGGACAAGGACACAAAGAGGAGUCCAAAGAAAACUACUAUUUUAUCAGAGUUGGCAAAGACACUUGUAAUUCCAGAGGAUCAUAUUAAUCCUUCAAAUGACUUCAAUGCAGCUGUUGAGCUCAGGAAGCUUCAUAGAAAAAUCAGAAAUAUUGUAGAUGACUGGAUGGAGCAUUAUCGCUUGGCUUCAGGUAUUGAUUCACCGCAUAUACAGAAGAUGUCUGAUGCACCUCCAAAAAUUUCAAGAAAAAGGAAAGUCCAGUCUGCUGCCAUAUUCCCAGUUACAGUGCCUGUUAUAAAGUCCCAGCCUGCCACAGAAACAGAUGUAGAGAGUGCACUACAGAAAGAAAGUGCCUUGCUAUAUGGCCGCCUGCUAUCAGCCCCUGUGCAUCAUCAUAAUAUGAGAUGGGAUUCAUCACUGAGCUCUGCUUCACCUAGACCUUCAUCUUUCUCAAGCAUGAAGAGGGAACAAACCGCGGCUGAUCCAAAUUUAAGUAAAAAUUUAAGUGUUAAUAAAUCAGGAACCCAAGCAAGCCAUUCAGGUGCCCUGAUUUCCUUAGAACAAGACCCAGAGAUGCUUUGGCACACAUCACAUAAUACCUGCCCCGUCGUCUUACAGAAAAUGUUGCUAGGGGAAGAGAGCCGUGUAUGUAGGUGUAGUAGUCACCAGAUUCCCCAUGUCACAGACCUGGAGUUUGACCAGCUGAUAAACAAGACGUCAUCCUUAGAGCAGGUCAUUGUCGUGUGUGUUGUGUCAUCCCUGGGCUCUCAGAAAAGUGACAAAAAGGAUGUUCUAGACCAGCUGUACGAAAAGAAGAACCGAUAUAGAAGUAUGCCAUGUAUGCAGAGUCGGAUGGACUCCUUCCGUCUAUUAAAGUACGACAUCAACACAUGCAAUAUUAUCACAGGUCAUAAACAACCUUUACUGGUUGAGCGACACAGUGUUGCUCCAGGAAUAAUCCUGAUGUAUAUUAGUGGCAAGCUGGUGUUUGCAAACUACAUUUUUAAUGGAUACAGCAGAUCAAUAAAAGACCUUCAGAAACAGAUAAUACUAACUAGGAGCGACUACCUGGCAGGAUGCCGUUUACCCAAGGAUUUCAAAUUUAGCCAUGAAGCACAUGUGGACUAUUCCUCUUUCCAUAUAUCUCCAACAAGCACAACUAUUAAGGAAGUCUUCUCUCAGGUUGCUCCAUUAAGUCAGCAGUAGACAUGGUAAAGAAGAGCCUACAAAGCACCAACGGACACUGACUGGAAGUAUAAGAAAAUAGCACUAGCUUCUGUAUAUUGCGAGGGGAUUUAUCACAAUCCAAUAAACUUUAUAUUAUGGGUUUUGGUAGAUACUUUUGAAAUGGACAAAUUUUGUAUCCAAUUUAGCAGCUAUAUAUGAAACUGGUACAAUUCAUC